AAACUUACAAGUCUGCUUCCCUGCCGUGCUGCUGAUUUAGGGUUUUGUGUCCCCCAAGACGACGACGUAGAAGAAUAGAGCAGAGAUUCUCCUAUCCGUCGACUUGUCUUUUCGCUCUCGGUCUUUGUAUUUCAUCAAGGUUUCCGUUGACUUUUAAAAAUGGAACAUUCCCUUUAAGAAAUAAUCAAGACAGAGUCGUAUGUAAUAGUACUCUUUCAACUUUUGGCUUCGAAUCAGCGGAUAGGGAUUGAUCCUGUGGGUAGAAAUGGAAACCAAAUUCGCCAAGGUAUUGGGUAGCAGAUGGCGUGUUGUUCCUGACCUGAAGAGGAAGCGGGCAGCCCAGGUCGAAACAUCAUUGGUUGGAAAAAAUGGCAUGUCUCCAUCACGAUCCAACCUGGGUUCUCCCCUUCAACUCUGCAAGCGGAGGAAACUUGAUGGCAGAAAGUUGCCAGUAUACCAUGUGAAUUUCAUGAAAACUGGGCUGCCACAGCGCUUGAUGUAUUACCAAAAGGGUGAAUGGGUUGAUUUCCCCAAAGACAUUCUUAUGUUGGUUAAGAAAGAUCUUCAACAAAAGAAGGCAAUGACUGAGUUGCAGUUUAAUAAGAAACGCAUUGCACUAGACUUCUUGCAUAUGUUCCAACUGGAUUUAAAGACUGGUCUGCUGCAGCCCAUUGCAUGGAUUGAUGAAGCUGGGAAGUGCUUUUUCCCUGAGACUUUUGUUGAUGGUGGCGAAUUCCAUGCCUGCUCCUAUAAUAAGAGAAGUCAGGACCAUCUAGUCUCAGAACCUCAGGUGUCUGGUGACAUCAAGUUGCAACUUGAGAUUGCGAUAAAUGGUUCAGAUAUUUCAAAUUUGAGGGAGUCCAGUGGAGAAUCAAAUGCUCUUCUUAAAGAAAUUCAUGUUCAUCACAAACUUGGAGGAGAAGGUUAUGAUGGAGAAGCUGAAGACAGUAGCGUCAGAGAAGCAAAUGAGAAAGUUGAUGUGACCCUUGUUGACAACCAACAGAUGGAGAAAGUAGAUUCUGAUACUGUGAGAGAUUUUUUCUUCAAUGGCAUAUGUUUUCAGGAUAAUGCAAAUAUAAUUGAGAUCCAUUGUGGCUCAGGCGUCUUUAUGGAAUCUCGAUUUGAGCUUUUCAAGAAACAGGUUGCCAUCACUAAAAGCUGUCGUGGGGAUGCAAAUGUGAGAUAUGCUUGGCUCCCAUCUUCUAAAGAAACAGCUGCUAGUAUUAUGAAGUAUGGCCUUGGCUUUUCGCUGCCAACAAAACUUAGGCCUGUGUAUGGCAUUGGAGUUCACCUUAUCCCUGCAAACUGCACUGAGCUCAGUGCAAAUUAUUCUGAUGUUGACGAAAAUGGUGUACGACAUAUGGUAUUUUGUCGUGUAAUAAUGGGAAACACAGAGCUUGUUCAUCCUGGAUCAGAACAGUUCCAUCCCAGUAGCGAGGACUUUGAUAGUGGAAUGGAUGAUUUUCAAAACCCAAGCCAUUAUGUAAUAUGGAACAUGAAUGCAAAUUCUCAUAUCUACCCAGAAUAUGCUAUCAGUUUCAAGAUUUCUUCUGAUGCUGAAGGAGUUUUGGCUAAAACUGAGGGAAAGAUUGAUUUAAAAGGGACUAGCAUUUGUCAUCAAGUACCUGAAGGGCAGGUAAACAUGGACUCGUCUACAACUGAUCUGGCAAGUGAAUGCAAUCAGGUUUUGAAUGGAAGGCCUCCAGAAAAAGCUGGCAACCAGGUUUCAAAUUCUCUGAGGACUCCCAAGUCCCCUUGGAUGCCUUUCCCUAUGCUGUUUGAAGCCAUUGCCAGUGAAGUUCCUGAAAAAGAUAUGAAUGUUGUUCGAAGUAAUUAUGAGGAAUUCAGGAAUAAGAAGAUGACUCGCGAUGAUUUCGUUAAAAACUUGAGGAUGAUAGUUGGGGAUUCUUUGCUGAGGUCCACAAUUACAGGUCUCCAGUCCAAGAUUCAGUUGAAAUCUAAAGUUGAAUUGGUGACUCCGAAACCUGAAUCGGAAGCUUGGGUUCGCUCUACAUGAUUAUGGUGUUUUGAUGAUUUGUGGAGAAUUAGUGUUAAAACUUGUUGAAAGGCCUGGUUUUCAGCUUUUAAGUUGUGACUUUGUAGUUUAAUCUCUUUUGAAUGGAACAUCUCAUCCGUGGAGUCCUUUGAAACAGAUUCAUCACUGCGGCUUAGUUUCUUAUUUUACCCUCCAAUGAGAAAUCUGACUCUUUAAUAAAUGUUGAAUUUCGUUUGUUCUGCUCAA